AUUUUUUCUCUAUCAGCUGACUGCCCACAAGUUUGUCGGCCAGUUUAUGAACAUUUCAGCACAAACAAAAGCCUCAGCAUGACAUUAACCUGCCAAUACUGCCAGCCAGAUCUCACACCCCGCAAACACUCCGCACAUUUUUUAGGCACGAUGGGGGUUAUUUUCUAACCCGAGAGCGACCGUUAGCUUCGUUAGCUUCAGUUAGCCUGCCGACAGCUAAGCUAACGGGCUAAAUUAGCCGAUGUAAAGUGCCAACAUGGAGGGGAUUCUGUACAAAUGGACAAAUUACAUGACAGGCUGGCAGCCGCGCUGGUUCGUCUUAGAGAAUGGAGUCAUCUCUUAUUAUGACAGCGAGGACGACGUUGGCAAAGGAAGCAAAGGAUCCAUCAAGAUGUCCGUUUGUGACAUUAAAGUUCAUCCGACAGAUCCAACGCGUCUGGAGUUGAUAAUCCCCGGCGAGCAGCAUUUCUACGUGCGAGCAGUGAACGCUGCAGAGAGACAGCGGUGGCUGGUCGCUUUGGGCUCGUCCAAAGCUGGAACACUGGACAGCCACAAACACAAAGGUCCGGACUGUUUGAAGACGAAGAUGUCUGAACUUCGUCUGUACUGCGACCUCCUGGUCCAGCAGGUCCAAACCAUCCAAUCACAGCACACUGCAGACGAAGAGGAGACGCCCAAUUCUGAGGCGUCUCUCCUCAGUGCAACCUGUGCAACAUUUAUCAGGACUUUAGAGGAGUGUAUGACUCUCGCCAACCAGAGUUUGACCCCUGACCUCCGACCUCCUGAAAGGAUGAAGAGGUCAAUCAGUCACCCUGGAACAUACAGCUUCGACAGGUCAGGUGUGCUUAAGGAGUACUUGAGUGGAGGUCAAAGGUCAACUCAACGCAGGAACCGAACAUGCUCUGACAGCUCUGUUUAUGACACUGAACGAGUGCUGCCCGGAGUCAACGGUGACUCAUCCUCCAUUCCUGAAGAGAGAGGAGGAGGAGGAGGAGGAGGUGUGAGCCCAAAGACCACACCCACUGACACAGACACUGACCUGUCCAUCUGAAGACCUGCAGGACAUUGAGAGAGAAGAUCAAUAUCAGACAAGACAGUGACUGCAUCUUAAUUAAACGGAGGAUAAACUGACAGACGUUUGAUCACCUCCAGGAUUCUUCCUCUUGUACUUUUCUUCUGAGGUCAGCUAAUUGCCAAACACAUGCACUUUGGAAUUAUAAUCAAGUGUUUCAGUUGCACUGUAUGCACUGAAAAGAAAAAAAAAGACAACAGAAAAGAGCUGGGAUGAGAAAUGGUGAGUAUAAAGUAUAUGAUGCUUAAAUCUGCUGAGGUUUUCACACUAGGAGAUGAUUGUAGCCAGGGAGUUUGGAAGAAAUAGUUCAAAUCCUGGAAAAAUCUGUGAAUGAAAAUAGCAGUUAACCUCGACGUUCUGAGGAUUGUGAUUGUAGUCGGCAGCUCCCUGACACGGUAUGAAUAACUGGAUCGAUUGUUCACUCCUGCAGUUUGAACGGACCUGAGAAUGUGCAGGAAAUGUUAAAUUUUUGAUUGUUUUAGUGGCAUUCAAAAGCAUCUUUUCGUACAGUAUUUUCUGCCUUUUCCACAUACCCAAGAACUUGCCUCACUUUUUCUUUCCCCUGGAAGUUGCCAAGCAUCUUCUAUGUUCUUCUUCUAGGCCUUCAUAGUCAUGCUUACCUGCUGAAAGUGAGAAGACCGAAGAGGUCUGUCCCUCUUCCUGCCAGCUUAUUGUCUUUGAAGUUUUAAGUUGUCAGAUUUGGGGAUGAAACCAGAUUGAUAAACCGUGUCUCUGAAGGUUACUGAAGCCAAUUAUCUCUGUUACUGUACACUCACAGAGAGCUGACGAGCUUCAGAUGCCAAAGUUUGCACAAAUGUAAUGAUCUACAUUAAAUGUGCCAUCUUUAUUUCCUCUAGUUUGGCUUCUUCUCCAUAGUUCAGCUGGUUCUGCUCAUAUCAGCCAAAACAGUUACUGGGUCUGACCUGAAGCCCUCUGCUUCAGGAGGUCAGGUCAGAUCAGGAGUCUCUAAAGUACAGAUCGGUGUGAAUGUGUGCAAGUUACUGCCUUUUAAUGUUUGUAUUUCUUGAGUGUUUUCUUGCCUUUUGUUUUUUGGUGAUGAGUUCCAGCCAAACUUGACCCCGAGAAGACAAAGUACGGUGGCCCAGGGAGCUCAACACACCACAGAAUAAGAGAAAACAAACAUGCAAAAUACAAAAAAAUGAAAAACACAUUAACAAAUCUGUUUUGUCAGCUCAAUAUGUGCUGCCAAUUUAUUGUACUGCACCAAAUAGUUUGAUGCUUCAUUCAUAACGUUGACAUUUAAAUGUUAUUUUAUAUCGUUUGGAUGUCUAUUCAGUCGGUUUUAACCCAAUAUUUCUACACUAAUCUUAUUAGCAUUAGACUUUUGGUAAAAUUAGAUUCCAGUGAUGACUGAACAAGAUUGUUUUUGACUCGUGAUCAAAACAUUUUAAAUAACUCGUGAGUGUUGGAGAAAAUGUCAAAAUAUAUUGAAGAAAAAAGAUAGAUGUAAUAAUUUCAAAAAUUCACAACAUGUUUUCUGCUUCAAUCCAUGUUUUUUGAGGGGUUUAGCCUUUCAAAAACAGUCUUUAGCAGCCAUCUAACAGUACUUUGAGUAACCUUUCUGCAAAGACUUAUUGAAUCUAAAUUAGCUAAUGAAUGGGGUGAUAAAUUUGUAAAUUACGAUGGACAUUUAAACAUUAUUUUGAAAACAAUGUAAGCUUUGAAUGUAAAAAGAAAAAACAGACAUUUGGUGCAGCUUGUUACGUUUUUUUGAUGGUGUUUUGUCUGUUUGCUUUUUUGAAUUGCAGUGUGUUGAGCUCUCAAGUCUGCAGUAAUUAAGUGCAUAAAUAAAUUAGGAAAACAAAGCUAACAGUGAGUUCAAAUGAUGCCUUUUGCACAUGAUUUUUUCUCUUUAGCCGCACUUUUCCUUGUCAAAGCAAAACACAUUUCUGGAUUGCAGAACUUUUUCCAGUGUUGAUUAAGCAGCAUUAAAUUUGAAAAUAAAACAUGUCAACCUUUAGGUAAAAUAGGUUCAUAUCAAUGAAUAGCGAGUAAUCCAAGCAGUGAAAGCACUGACAGUAAACUCAAAUGUCGUGUCCUGUCAGCUUUGCUGUGUAAACAAAUGCAGAAGACAUCAUCUGAUCACACUCAAAGUAAACAAUCAUGAUGUACACAAUCGAUGAAUACGAGACUACAUGGAUCUUGUUUCUGUUCCUCAUGGACAGAGAUGCACUUUGGUAUAAAAAAACCCUUCACCUAUAAACACUUUUAGGGACACCUCAGUCCUUUACCGUCAGCUUUGGCCAAAACAUGUUUAAUGCUAUCGUACAUUUGUAUUUUAAGACACUUUAAUAUUAAUCUGUGAAUUAAAAAUGUAGUUUUCCUGCCUGGGGAAUUAUGUCCAAACAGACUGACAACAAAUGUUGCAUCAUAAAAGGUUUUUUAAAUCUUUCUAACAAUCAAGUUUUUCCACAUUUAAACAGUUACUAAAUUAAAUGAAAUUGCACCAAACACGUAUGGUAACUUUUGUGUAGGUGUGGUUUGUUUUGCACUUUAGAUUGAAAAAAUAAUGUCCUUUUUUGAAUGUUAACGUUCUGAAAAAAGUGGCAGAGGUACUGUGGUGGAUAACAGUGAUGAUGAUUGUGAAAAUGAUAUUAAUGUGUAUUUUUGUUUUUUGUCAGUGUCUUAUUUUUUGAAAGGAUGUUUCUGGAGUUGCAGCAGCCUUAUAUGUGACAGUGAUAGUAUUUAAACACUUCUUUCUUGUAUCACUUUUACCAAAACAUGUGUUCAUUAUUUGUUAUGAACAUGCUUAAACUGUUUUCUCUUAAAUUUUUACUUCCCAUUCUUUAAAAACUGUGAAGAAAUGUUUGUCCACAGCAGUAAAACAACAAGAGUUCAGCCACCUUCAUGCAGGUUUAAUUCCCUGCACGUUUCCUCCAUUUUCAGCUUCUAAUAUCAAAUGAUUGUGAUUUUAUAAUUAUUUAUAACAGCAUGGUAGUUCCAUGAUUCAUCGUAAAAUGAUAAUUUAUAUUCCUCUUGCCUAUUAGAUUAUGUAAUUGAUGAUUUAAACAUAAGACUACAAAAGGGAGACUAAUUCUGCAAUUAAGAAUGAGCAUUAUCUGUGAAAGCAACCCUUAAAUAAUUAAGCUUUUGAAAACAAUAUAUGGAUGCUCAUGUUUGUGGAAAUUUCUUAGUGAUUGUUAGAAGUUUUAAUGCCCUUCAUUAUGACUUAAUCUUUGGCAAACAGUCUCUUCAAAAAGGAAUAGUUUGACAUUUUGGACAAUUUGCUUCGUCGAGUUAUGUACGGAAGCCCUGAAGGCAAGUGAGCAAAAAAUAUCCUGGUGAUUCAUUUUCUGUUUGAGUCUGAUCGGAGUUGUUUUCUCUCUGACUCAGACUUAACUGGUUUGGGGGGGAAAGUUUUUAAGUUACUUUGUUUUUCAUCCUUGGAAAAAAACAAAAAGAAGGUAUUAUUUGUUUUAAUGAUAUAAUGUUGUUGUAUUAUUCAUUUUGGUCACAAGAGGCUAAAGAUCCACUAAAUAAGACUAAGAGUAGUCAUGUUUUCUUUCAGGGCAGCUUUAAUUUCUCUCAUGCACUAAAAACAACUUACAUUGUGUAUUAGUCCUAUUUAGAACAUGUUGUAAACCUUUACAACAUGCUCUUUGGUGGCUGAAAGUAGUUUUACAACAGCAGGUACAUAGAAAAAUGAUACGGAUAAUCAUAAUAAUCCAAAAAAAUAAAUAAGAAAAAGUAGAAAAAUAUAAUAAUGAACAUGGUUUUCAAAAAUAAUUAAAAUUGUAUAAUAAUCCUGAAAAAUGAAAUGAGAAAAAACAGAAAAAUAUAAUAAUGAACACAAUUUGUUUUAAUUAAUUAAAAUGUAAGUACAUAAAAUGAAUAAUGAUAAUAAUCCAGAUAAAAUAAAGAAAAUACAAUAAGAAAUACAUUGAUAAUCCUGAUUUUUUUUUUAAAUCAACAAUUUAAAUAAAUAAAAAUAAGUGUGCAAAACUGUUUUAAAGUUCAAAAAAAUUCAAGGAACUUAGAAAGUUUUUCCUGGCGAAAAAUGUUUUUACUUUGUCGUGGCAAUUUUGACAACUGCGCUAAGUUAAUGGGUGAGCUGGCUAAACACAAAGCACUCAAUACUCUGUUCAGCAAGUUUUAUUAGCACAUUCGAAUUCUACACACCGCACAAUUCCGAAUGGCUCUUUUACAGUACAACAAAGCCCCAUACACCGCUCGACUGAUGACUGUUGCACUUUUCAGCAUUGGCUCUUCAGCAAGACUCAAUGUAUCUUCCUGCCCUAUACAACUCAUCAGGACAGAGCCCCCUGAUCUACAUGUUCCCCUCAAUCAUGGUGCUAUCAGAGUUCAGGCCCUAGUGAGUUCCCACAAGGCCUUGUUGCUUGAAUAUCAAGUAGGUCGCCGCCUACUUCUUGUACCACCAUGACAGGAAGUACCAAAUUUCCUUCACAACUUAUUCUUCACUCAUUUAAUUAAUGUAGAGAUAUUGUGUAGACUUUCCCUAUUUAAAUAUUGAUUGGUUAAAGAGUAGCUUUAAUUUUAGUUGACCAAUUUUCUUUAGUUGAUGUAAGCCUGAACUAAGAAAACUAUUUAGAUCAGAUCAGAAUUGUAUUUUUUUCCUCACUUGCCUCUAAGAGCUUUUGUAGAUUGAGAUUGAUACUUUGUCCGGUAAUUAAUGAGUAAUCAGUUUAGUUCGUGUACAAAUUAAACAAACAAGAUAUACCAUUGUAAUUGGUUAGCUUUAGAGGUGCUGGAAGCUGUAUUUUUGUUAUUUUUUGGACAGAACCUGACAAGCAGUUCCCAGUUUUUGUAAGUUAUUUAUAAUAUCAGACAAGUGGAUUAUCUUAUUCACAAAAAUGCCAAACUGUUUCUUUAAGCCAACACAAAUGGCUCUGUGUCUUGUUUAGAUGAGGACAACAACAAAAGACUGAAUUAAACUGCAGAAUCAUGACUGACUCAUAUUUUCUUUGUUAAGAGUUUUUGUUCUUUUUUUAAACGACAGCCUGUUCAGUUUUUUUUUGGACAAACCAGCGGAGAGAUUUUCAUGCCUUAAGUGUCUCUGCACGAAGUAAUGUGUGUGGUUGUAUCUGACUUUUCUUUGUCUAAAUAAAAAUAAAGAGAUCAC